AUGUCGCCCGAGUCCACUCUCGUCUUCGAAGGGGACUAUGCCGUGCGCAAGCGCGGCUUCGCGCACCUGCUGCGGAUGGAAGUGGAAGCCAUCUACUACAUCAAGACGCACGUGCCGGUACCCAUGCCAGUCCCGACCAUCAUCGGUUUCUGCCUGGACGAGCAGUCCAAGACGAUUGAACGGGUCGAGGAGAACUACAUUCGCAUGAAAAAGGUGACGGGCCUGCGCCUCGACGCCGCCUGGCCGGGCAUGUCGCCGGCCAGCCGCGCGCGCACCUGCCAGCAGCUCCGCGCCUUCCUUGCGCAGGUGCACAAGCUCACCCCUGCGCCCGAUACGGCGCAGGUCCGCAGCAUCGCCGGCGGCGCGUGCUACAACCACCGCAAGAGCGAGCCGCCGAGCCGCGCGCCGUCCUCGACGUCGGCCGCCGAGUUUCGCCGCCCGUUUCUCUGGCGCGCGUGCCUCGACGUGGCGCAGUUUCAGGACGCGCUGCCGAACCACCUACACGGACGCCGGCCCGAAGCGGCGGAGGCGUUUCGGCGCCGGUUCGCCCUCGUGGACCCUCCGCGGCGCGCGCGGCUUUCGCACGGCGACCUCUCGUGGGCGAAUAUUUUUGUCGACGAGGCGACGGGCGACGUCACGGGCAUCACAGAUUGGGAGACGGCGGGGUUCUGGCCCGAGUGGUGGGAGUACUACAUGGCGCUGCUGGGACCGCGUGGUGAGCAGCCAUGGUGGCGGCAGGUGGUGGCAAGCAUCAUGACAGAAUACCCGAUAGAGAUGGCCAUCAUGACGGAGAUGGAGGCCAUGGUGAGCGAGCUGGCCCGGGACGAGCCAGGAUGA